CCCUGACUUCCGGGUCACGGUGCUUGCGAGGAACACAGCGCGAAUAGCGUCGUUUCCGUUGCCGGCUGUUUGCAGUUGGGGAAACCGAGGCAGACUUCAGCUCCCUCUAGUUCUUCCGCUCCUGUGAGGAAAAAAAAUGUUUAUUUCUUUGUGGGACUUCUUCUAUGGGCACUUUUUCCGAUUUUGGAUGAAAUGGCUCUUACGACAGAUGACUGGAAAGUGUGAAUUGCAGCGAAUUUUUGAUACCUAUGUAGGUGCACAAAGGACACACAGGAUAGAAAAUUCCUUGGUGUACUCCAAGAAUAAGGUUUUACAGAAAGCAACACUUACUGUUCGCGGUGAAGUGGACAAAUGUGUAGAAGAUAUAAUGAAACAAAAGAAUAUUAGUUCUGAGAAGGAUGUCAGUUUUAAAAUCUGCAUGAAGGCAUGCUUACUGCAGAUAUCUGGUUAUAAACAGCUCUAUUUGGAUGUUGAAAAUGUGAGAAAAAGACCAUAUGAUUCUGAUAACCUGCAACAUGAGAAGCUGCUUCUCAAGCUUUGGAAUCUUCUCAUGCCCACAAAAAAGUUGAAGGCUAGAAUCUCCAAGCAGUGGGCUGACAUUGGUUUCCAGGGUGAUGAUCCUAAGACAGACUUCAGAGGCAUGGGCAUUCUUGGAUUAAUCAACCUUGUGUAUUUCAGUGAAAAUUAUACCAGGGAAGCUCAUCAGAUUCUUUCCCGUUCAAAUCAUCCAAAAUUAGGGUAUUCUUAUGCAAUAGUUGGAAUCAAUCUGACAGAGAUGGCUUAUAGCUUGCUGAAGAGCGAAGCUUUGAAAUUUCAUCUCUACAACUUUGCUCCUGGUGUACCAACAAUAGAACACUUUCAUCAGUUUUAUUGUUAUCUUGUCUAUGAAUUUGACAAGUUUUGGUUUGAAGAAAAGCCAGAAAGCAUUAUGUAUUUCAACAUAUAUAGAGAGAAGUUUCAUGAAAAGAUUAAACGACUCUUAAUGGAUUAUAAUGCAUCACUUACUUUAAAAAUAUGAAUCAUUCCUAUUAUCUUCUAUUUCUACCACAUUUUGCACACACAACAGAAUUUAUAUGUUGUAAUAGAAAUGAUCUGAUCAAUUACACUGCUUAUAUAUAAUUUCCUACAAAAAUAUUUCAGAAAUUCUAUUUAAGAAAGCUAGUGGACAAUCAGUGUAUGUUUACAAUUGUUUAUACACUGUCCUCCAAAGGUACCUUAUCCUUCCAAAGAUCGCCUCUGUGAAGUCAUGGGAACUGCAGUUUGGAACUUGGGACUUAGCCCAUUUAGUAUUAACAGUACAAAUCAGGUAUUUGUAUCAAAUUGGUUGAUUAAAAUGU